GUAUAAAAAUUGUAUAAACAAUACAACAUAUAACCAAUUAAUGUUUUUUUUAAGGCUUUGCCUGUAUAAAUAAAACCCCAGUCAUCACUCUCACUCUCCUAACUCUGCACUCUCCAUCGUGAAACCGAAAACCAUGGCUCUGUGUUCCCCUGUUUCACUCUUUUCACUUCUCUUUGCGUUGUUGUUGUUGUUUUCCGCUUCCUCCUUCGCCAAACAUGAUUCGGUCUCCUUCUCUUUUCCUCUCAGGUCGCUUCCCCUCUCCGCAGGGAAGCCUCUAAAGACGAACCCAAAACUCAGAAGCCUUUCCUCGGCCUCGUACAACGUAAAAUGGCCGUUCAAGUAUUCGAUGGCUCUGGUGGUAAGUCUCCCCAUAGGGACACCUCCGCAGCAUCAGCAAAUGGUUUUGGACACCGGAAGCCAACUCUCGUGGAUUCAGUGCCACAACAAAACUCCCCCAACGGCGUCCUUUGACCCUUCUCUCUCCUCCUCUUUCUACGUCAUCCCCUGCACCCACCCUCUCUGCAAACCCCGCGUCCCCGAUUUUACUCUCCCAACAACAUGCGACCAGAACCGCCUCUGCCACUACUCCUACUUCUACGCCGAUGGCACCUACGCCGAGGGCAACCUCGUCCGAGAAAAACUAACCUUCUCCCCUUCCCAAACAACCCCUCCACUUACCCUCGGCUGCGCCACCGAGUCCCGCGACGCCGGCGGCAUUCUCGGAAUGAACCUCGGCCGCCUUUCCUUUCCCUCGCAGGCCAAAAUAACCAAAUUCUCGUACUGCGUCCCCACCCGACAAUCCCGAUCCGGGAACCUUCCAACUGGGUCGUUCUACCUCGGCAACAAUCCCAACUCCGGGCGCUUCCGUUACGUCAGCAUGUUGACGUUUAGUCAAAGUCAACGCAUGCCGAAUUUGGACCCGCUGGCCUACACCGUCCCCAUGCAGGGAAUUAGAAUUGGUGGCAAGAGGCUAAAUAUCAAUCCUUCCGUUUUCCGCCCUGACGCCGGCGGGUCGGGGCAGACGAUGAUCGACUCCGGAUCCGAAUUCACCUUCUUAGUCGACGAGGCUUACGACAGGGUGCGCGAGGAGGUGGUUAGAGUUGUGGGGCCAAGGAUUAAGAAGGGGUACGUGUACGGCGGAGUCGCGGACAUGUGUUUUGACGGUUCUGCGAGGGAGUCAAUCGGACGGGUGAUAGGGGACGUGGUGUUGGAAUUCGAGAAAGGCGUGGAGAUAGUGGUUCCAAAGGAGAGGGUGCUGGCUGACGUGGGCGGUGGGGUCCACUGCGUGGGAAUUGGCAGGUCGGAGAGAUUAGGUGCAGCCAGCAACAUCAUAGGGAACAUCCAUCAGCAGAAUCUGUGGGUGGAGUUCGACCUGGCGAAUCACAGAGUCGGGUUCGGUGAGGCGGAUUGUAGCAGAUCGUAGGAGUAAAGAUUAGAAUGCGUGGUGGUGCAUGCGGUUACGAUGAGUAGGGUGUAAGGAAGUGUUACUGUAUAGAUUAGAUGGAUGAGUGACGUUGGGAUUUGGAGGUGUCUAAGAAGGGAAGAAAAAGAGGUGUUUGUUGUGAGGUCUAAGAGGCGUAAACGUCAACGUUUUGGACGCAUGCAUGCGGGGGAGGCGAAAGAAAGAGGCAUUGCCCUGUGUCAUAUUUAAGUCGUGCGUGUUUAUUAAUCUGACGGGGACUCAUAGUGUAUAGAUAACGAUUAGAGUGCAUCCAUCAAUAAUGCAGCUUGUGUGUAUAGUUUCUGUAUGUAAUUAAGAUAAGCUUCAAUCAUAUACAAAAUAAGAUCAUGCUCUCUUAUUUAA